AUGGUGUCUUGUGGUUAUAACUCACAUUUUAAUCAACAGGAGCAAAGUCAUGAAGAUGAACUCAUCGAAGGGCAUGAAACUAUUAAAGCCUUGAGCAAGAAAUCUAGCAUUACUCAGAAUAAGAGAAUUCAUCCUAGAGAGAAACCUCAUCAAUGCCUUGACUCUGGAAAAGCCCUCAGAGAUUGUUCACUUCUUAAGCCACAUGAGAGAAUACUUCCUGGGAGAAAAUCUCGUGCAUGUAAAAAAGAUGAAAAUGUCUUAAUCAGGAGCUCUCACUUAGCUGUACACAAGAGACAACAUACAAAAGACAAAUCCUAUGAAUGCAGUGACUGUGGGAAAGUUUUAAGUUCAAUCUUAUACCUUAAGAAGCAUGAAAAAACUCACAUUAGAGAGAAAUCUUUUGAAUGUAGUCAGUGUGGCAAAUUAUUACAAAGCCGUUCAUCCGUUAAGUUGCACAUGAGAACCCACACUGGAGAAAAACCUUUUAAGUGUAAUCAGUGCGGGAAAGCAUACAGCUCAAGUUCUUACCUUACACGACACAAAAGAAUUCAUACUGGGGAGAAGCCCUAUGAAUGCGAUGACUGUGGAAAAACCUUCAGAGAUAGCUCACUUCUCACACAACAUAAAGGAAUUCAUUUAAGAGAAAAACCCUACAAAUGUAAUCAAUGCAGCCAAUCAUUCACUAGGAGAUCUAGGCUUACCAUGCACAAGAUAAUACAUACUGGAGAGAAACCCUAUGCAUGUAAUGACUGUGGGAAAACUUUUAGUAUUUUUGCAUACCUUACGAGACAUAAGGGAAUUCACACUAGAGAGAAAUCCAUUGAAUGUAGCCACUGUGGAAAAGUACUAAGUAGUCAGUCAUCCCUUAAGACACACCUGCGGAUACAUACUGGAGAGAAACCCUACAAGUGUGACCAAUGUGGGAAAACUUUUCGAAUGAGCUCUAAUCUUAUUGUGCACAAGAAAACUCAUACUGGAGAGAAACCCUAUAAGUGCAGUGACUGUGGGAAAUCCUUUAGGGAUCGCUCAUGCCUUAAAGAACAUGCCUCCGAUACUGCAAAUAGGCUCAGUGGUGUUUUGACCACCUUACUCAAUAGCUCUAUUCAGGAAACAGCACACCCAACCGAGUCUCCAGAAAUGAUCCUUCUUAGGAGUCCAGUUGCCUUACUUGGUCUACCUGCCCUUCCUGGGGACAGAUUCCCCAUCCUUGCACCUCAAUAUCCAGAGGAAAGGCGAACUACUCGUUGA